AUGGAUUUUUAUCAAAGAGAAGAGAUCGAUGGGGUUAGGUUUUCUUGGAAUUGUGUUCCAAGGACAAAAUUACAGCACCAGAGAAAUGUUAUUCCAUUAGCCUCCAUGUAUACGCCGUUAAAUAACAAAUCCAGUAUUCCAGUCGCUCCUGCAAAUGAUAUGGUUGUUUGCCGUCAAUGUCGGUCAUUCAUAAAUCCAUAUGUAACAAUGACAGAACAACAACCUGAUGUUUGGUAUUGUCAGUUUUGUCAGUUUGCUAAUAGAUUGGGUCAAAACCAAAUGGCACCAUCAGGUUUAAGUCCUGAGUGCUCAACUAUCGAGUAUUCUACCGGGAGAAUGAGUAAGUUUCCACCGAUUUUUUUUUAUGUCGUUGAUACAUGUUUCGUGGAUGAAGAUUUGGAAGAUGCAUAUAAAUCGUUGAAGGAAUCGUUGGUUAUUUCGUUAUCAUUAUUACCAGAGAAUUCCUUAGUUGGGUUCGUUUCCUUCGGAAAAAAUGUACACAUUCACGAUUUGUCGUCAGAGGGAAUAGGCAAACAGCACACGUUUAACGGUGGUAAGGAAUAUACUUUAGAGCAAGUUCAAAAGUCAUUGGGCCUAUUAGCUUCCGGAUUACGCUCACAAAAUAACCAAAACUCCCAACAUGAUCCAAUAAAUGAACUUUUAGGGCCAAUUGGUAGAAAAUUUUUGCAACCUGUCAGUAUGGUUGAAUAUCAAUUGACAUCAAUCAUCGAAAAUUUGGUGUCAAAUAGAUUUCCAUAUCCAGCAAUGAAAGAAAGAGCUAGUCGCGCUACCGGAUCUGCUUUAAAUAUAGCUUCAUUGUUAUUGUCAGCAAUAUUAGGUGAUAGUGGUACUACUGGGGGUCAUAUUUUGUGCUUUGUCGGCGGUGUUUGUACGUUUGGACCCGGAAGAAUUGCUAGCACCCAAUUGAAAGAGCCUAUAAGAUCACAUAAGGAUAUAGAGAAGGCACAUCAGACAUUGCCAUCUGUUCCAAUAAAUGGAUCUAAUUCUAAGCCUGAUAUAUCUUUAGUGAAGAGUGCUAAGAAGUUCUACGAGAAGGUUACCAAACUGUUAGUAACUAUGGGAUUAAGUUGUAAUAUCUUUAUUGGAAGUUAUGACCAAAUUGGUCUCUAUGAAAUGGAUGAAAUUUGUUAUAAAACUGGUGGUGUUGUAGUGAUGAGUGAUUCUUUCAAUACUGCAAUUUUUAAGCAAAGUUUUAUUAAAUUUUUCAACAAGCAACAGGAAGAUAAUUCUGAGUAUUUGGAUAUGGCAUUCAACGCAACUUUAGAAUGUCGUACUACGUUGGAUUUACAAAUCCAAGGGUUAGUCGGGAAUGCCACAAAAUUACCUUACAGGAAGGAUAACCGAUACAUUGAACCAAUUAUUUCUAAAGUAAGUAUUGGUGAAGGAAAUACAAAUACUUGGAAAUUAUGUAACUCUAAUCCUCAAUCGACUUAUGCAAUUUAUUUCGAUAAACUCGACUCACCAUCAAUAGGAUUUAGCUAUGUGCAAUAUUUAUUCCACUAUCAACACCCAUCUGGUGAGUUGAGAUUAAGAGUCACAACCGUUCCAGUUACUGUUAUUGCUGAUACUGAUAUAACAAACUUAGAAUUAGGGUUUGACCAAGAAGCAUCCAUCGUGCUUAUUGCAAGAGAAUCAAUUAACAAAUUGCAGCCUAUUCAUGAAAAUUCAGAUAAGUCUCAUUAUGACCCAUCUGAUGUUUUGAAGCACUUAGACAAACUGCUUAUUGAUUACUGUACGAGGUAUGCUGUAUACACUAAGGGUAUGCUUGAAUCGUUUCGUUUAUCUGCCGCGUUUGCAUUAUUUCCACAAUUCAUGUACUACUUAAGGAGGUCUCCAUUCAUACGAGUUUUCAACAAUUCGCCAGAUGAAACAUCAUUCGUAAGACAUAUAUUUAUGCAUGAAGAUGUGGGAAAUUCGUUGAUCAUGAUACAGCCUACAUUAUUGUCAUAUGAUGUUGAUACUUUUGGUGCCAUUGACGAAGAGACUGGCGAGGCGAACACAGAACCAGAACCCGUUUUAUUAGAUUCAUUAUCCCUUGGCCCAAGUAAGGUAUUGUUAUUAGAUACUUUCUUCCAUAUAUUGAUCUACCAUGGCUCCAAGGUGGCUCAAUGGCGUAAGGCUGGUUACCAUACUAUGGAAGGAUACGAACAUUUCAAGGAAUUCUUAGAGGCACCUAAGCGAGAAGCCAUGGAAAUAUUAAUUGACAGAUUUCCACUUCCUAGGUUCAUUGACUGUGAUGAAGGUGGAUCUCAAGCUAGAUUUUUAAUGGCCAACUUAAAUCCGUCAACUAGCUAUGCAUCUAACCCAAAUAACAUGUAUGGGGGUCAAUUAGAUGUUUUGACUGAUGAUACAAAUUUACAGCUGUUCAUGGAUCAUGUUCAAAAAGUUAUUAUCAUGAAGAAAUAA